AUGGUUACCUCGACUCCCUGGCUGCAAUUCACCGGCCAUCAGCCAAAGCGGAAACGGGCCGAGCUGGCUUGCACAAUCUGUCAUAGCAAAAAGGUUCGAUGCGACCUUCAAGUCCGCACCGGGCAGGGCCUCAGCAACUGCACGAAUUGCGACUCUGCCGGCAAAGAAUGUCGCAUGCGGCCGUCCAAACGGGUUACGCGGCGACGCGGUCCACUGACGCCUCCAGACAGCAGCGGCAGUGGUGACAGCACCAGGCAGGGGCAGCCGGCGCAAACACAGCCGGUGGAUGCACCGCCGGUCGAACAAGGUGCAAAGGACACGGCCGAUGAGAGCAUCGCCCUGCGCGAGCCCCCUCCAGAGUGGAUCUGGAGCUUCGACCAUUCCAACCCUCUGCCAGAGACCACCCAUCCGACACAGCCCCUCCACCCUCCCAUUGAUCCUGUUGGCGACAACCCCAGCUGUUCCCCUGCGACUUGCCGCACCGACGAUACCGAAACCCGGCGCGACCUCUCCUCGCGAUACUACGAGCUCGAGAUCCAAGCCGACGCCCGCAAUCAGGAACAGCGUCUCCUCGCCCAGCAACAGCCAGACCCUCGACUCCUGCCCAGUCCAGACCUGCAGCAGAGCUUCAUCGAGACAUACCUCGAGUACUGCUCGCCGUGGUGUCCAGUCCUCGACCGCGAUCAGCUCAACAUCGACGAGCUGUCUCAAUCGCCGCUCCUCGUCAACGCCCUCGCCAUCGUCGGCAGUCACAUUCAACCCCCUAUAAUCCCCAACGACGGCCCAGCAGCCUAUUACAAGCGCGCGCGCAACCUGUUUUAUGACGACGCCGAACCAGAUGUCGUGCGCUCAUUGCAAGCCGUCUCUCUCUUCUACUGGUGGAGCCCGCGCCCUCCAUCUGUUCUUCACCGUCACUCGUCCUGGUGGUGGACCAGCUGUGUAGUCCGACACUGCCAGCAACUCGGCGUCCACCAUCAACCCUCGCUCGGCCCUGGUCCUGCGUCUUCUCAACACAACCACCCUGCAAACCACCGUUCCCAUCUCAUCCGCAGGCGUAUCUGGUGGACAGCGUUUGCUCGCGAACGUCUUACUUCCAUCUGUCAGGGGAAGCCAUCGAUCAUCGACGAAGCUGACUGCGACAUCACGGAACCCACUCUCGACGACUUUCCCGACGCUUUGAUCGAUCACAACGCACGCAUCCGUGCUGAGAUCUUCAUCUAUUGGGUCCGUCUUUGUGCCAUCAUUGGCCGGAUAGCCAAGUACCUCGCUCGCCCUACCUCUGAUGUCAACACGCCCUUUCCCACCCACCUCGCCCGCGAACUCAUCACAUGGGUUCAAUCCCUCCCACCACACCUCCAACUUCCUAUCAACGCAGACCGCACCACAACUUUCAACCGUGAUGUUCACCAACUGCACCUUCCAUACCUCGCCGUCAUCAUAAUGCUCCAUCUGAAGCAACCUUAUCAACCCCAUCACCCCGAAGCCUACCCACCUGCCAUCCUUGCUGCAUCGUGCGUGGCCCGCAUUUUCCGCGACACCCUUGCUCGAGGCGGGACACGGUUCCUCAUGGCCAUUACAGGCUGGUACUGUGGGAUGGCGUUUAUCGCGCUUCUACAAGCCUGUCGCGUGGAUGGUCUCGCUGCAGCCGCAAACGAGGAUCUGGAUAUCCUUACCUUGGCUGUUGAUCAGCUGAGAACAAUGUGGCCAACUGCCGAGAUCUUCCAUGCGGGGUUCCAACGCCUUAGACCAAGUGCGGCAGGCGCAGAGGCUCUGCUUUCCUUGUCGAAUUCAGAUCCUGCACAGGCUGGGCCUGCCCAUACUGUAACUAGUGUGGGCCAGGAAGCUGACCCCGGUCCCAUUCCGGACACGGUGGCGCACAACCCGCUGGAAGGGAUCGACUGGAUGGAAUACUUUCCGUUUGCCACAGCGCAGACGAGCCGUGUUGCAGAGCGGCUACUGGUCCCGCAUACCGACGAGAUCUUCUUCGAGGACUUUGAGACAAUGGUCCAGUUUCAGGACUUGUUUGGUGAUUACACCUUGUCAGAUAUGAACCUAUUCACGUAGUUUUCG